CCAGGACUAGGUUCUUGUGGUUGGACAAAUUCAGACACUGAUUUAAUUGCAGCUUUGAAUGCUCCGCAAAUGGCCAACGGUGAUAACCCUAACAACAACCCAAACUGCGGCAAAUAUGCCAACGUUAAAGGGCCCAAAGGCACUGUCAAGGUCAAAAUUGUUGACACCUGUCCACCUUGCGUCAAAGGCGAUUUGGAUUUGAGUCCUGCUGCCUUUGGUAAAAUUGCUGACUUUGCCGAUGGAAGAGUAGCCAUUUCUUGGGAUUGGGCUUAG